AUGGAUCAUGAACGUACGAGCAACUUCUACCACCCCACCUCUCGACGUGUUCUGUCCUCCCAGGACGUCACGUUCGACGAGUCGGUACCCUACUACCGCCUCUUCCCCUACCGCACUCCGUCCCUUCCCCCGCCCCCGCUCUUCUUGGUACCAGGUCCCCCCCCGGUAGACCCCCUCCCCCCUCAGGGUCCUGCCCCUUCAGGUGUGUCCCAGGUAGACGCGGUCGAGCCUGUUGAGGUCACUGGUGACUCUGGUGCUGCUGCGGGUGCUGAGCCAGGGGGUGCUGGGACUGGAGGUGCUGAGCCUGGGGGUGUUGAGCCUGGGGGUGCUGAGCCUGGGGGUGCUGAGCCUGGGGGUACAGAGUCUGGGGGUGCUGAGCCUAGGGGUGCUGAGCCUGGGGGUACUGAGCCUGGGGAUACUGAGCCUAGGGGUGCUGAGCCUGGGGGUGCUGAGAUUGAGGGUGCUCCGCCUGGAGGUGCUUCGUCUCGCCGAGAGCCACUCUCCCCACGGGAGCUGCGUGAGUGGUUUGCCCGGCGCUGGAGGCGUGCUGCUCGUGCUGGAGGUUCUUCGGCUGCGGAGGGUACUGCUGCCACGGGUCCCGGAGUCCGGCUAGCGGUGCUCCUGGGGCUGCUGGGGGUUCUGGGGAUACUGGAGGUGCUGCUGGGGGUUCUGGAGCUGCUGGAGGUGCUGCUGGAGGUACUGCUGGAGCGGGUACUCCUGCUAGAGGUACUGUUGCUGUCCCUGCUGUUCCUGGCGUCGCCACGCGGCCUCGACCGUACUUUGUUCCCCUCCUGCAGCAGGUUCUUGGUCUUACACCUUCUCCUGGUCCUCCUCCUCCUCCCUUAG